AUGGGGAGAAAAACAAGGUGGUUGAAGGGUCUUUUUGGGUUUGGAAUAACAAAGAAAGAGAAGAACAAAAUGGAAAAUUCAAGUUACGGUGGCCGGGAAAUUAAGUACCAGUGGAUUUCCGGGAGGGACACCAUCGGAUUGUGUCGCAAUCCGACGACCAUACCACCAAAUAUUACACCUGCCGAGGCUGCAUGGUUGAGAUCUUUCUACGGUGAGUCAGAGACGGAGCAGAGUAAGCAUGCAAUAGCCGUGGCUGCCGUCGCCGCCGCACAGGCAGCGUUUGCAGUGGUUAGGCUCACCAGUCAUGGUAGAGGUACAAUGUUUCGAGAUUGCCGGGAAAAGUGGGCUGCUGUCAAGAUUCAGACAAUCUUCCGUGGGUUUUUGGCAAGAAAAGCUUUGAGGGCAUUGAAAGGAUUAGUGAAGCUUCAAGCAGUGGUGAGAGGAUAUUUUGUGCGUAAACAAGCUGCUGCUACGCUUCAUAGCAUGCAAGCUCUUAUAAGAGUACAAGCCAGUAUUCGUGCCCAAAAAAGUCGAGGAUUUGUCAACACUAAUGCCAGUUUUCAGCAUGAAUUUCAUGCCUGCAAAUCUGAGGAAGAUGAGAGGAGUGAGCAGUCAAUGUCAAUCCAUAGCAGAAGACUUUCUACAUCAUUUGAGAGUGCCAAAGUUGCAUUUGAUGAAAGCCCCAAAAUUGUGGAGGUUGAUACAGGCAGGCCCAAAUCAAGAUCCAGAAGAACAAACUCAUUGAUUUCAGAUGCUGGAAAUGACUCGUUUGGCCAAGCAUCACCCUCUCCACUCCCGACUGGGAUUCGAGCACGUAUAAUGAUACCCAAUUCCCAGAAUUUCCAGGACUACGAAUGGGGCCUAACCGGUGACGAAUGCCGUUUCUCCACAGCUCAUAGCACUCCAAGAUUUACAAGUUCCCGUGGAUGCAAUUAUGUACCUGUCACACCAGCAAAGAGUGCCUGUUUAGAAGGCUACUAUAGGAAUGCAAAUAAUCCAAAUUAUAUGGUGAACACACAAUCAUUCAAGGCUAAGCUGAGGUCUCAAAGUGCUCCAAAACAAAGGCCUGAACCAGGAGCUAAGAAAAGGCAGCCCCUCAAAGAAAUGAUGGAGUCAAGAAAUAGUCAUAGUGGGAUUAGAAUGCAAAGGUCCUGCUCACAAGCUCAAAAUGCCAUAUAUUUCAGGAAUGUUGCUAUGAGAAAGUUUAGAAGGUCUAGAGAGCAUAAGGAUCAUUCCAUGCACGAUGACUACUAUCGUUGA